ACACAAAAUAAGCACCAAAGUUACAUUUUAUAGUUCUAUUUUGUCAAAUUAAAUUUGUGGCCUACAGAUAUUCGGCAUAUGCAUUUUCGAAUCCACUCUAACUGUGUAAAUGGUUUAGUCCUAGGUCUAGGAUGGCCGCUGCUGUGGGUGUAAACAAGCAGGGGACCGCAGCAACGAUGGAUGUCUGUGUUCGGCACGUCAGGGGGGCCACAAGCAGCACCGUGAAGGUGUUGGAGUGUGGGGUGUGUGAAGAUGUCUUCUCUCUCCAGGGGGACAAGGUCCCCCGGCUGCUGCUCUGUGGUCACACAGUCUGUCAUGACUGUCUGACCCGGCUGCCCCUGCAUGGUAGAGCCAUCCGCUGCCCCUUCGACAGACAGGUCACAGAGCUGGGGGACUCUGGUGUGUGGGGUCUGAAGAAGAACUUUGCCCUGCUGGAGCUUCUGGAGAGGCUGCAGAAUGGAGCGUCCAGCCAGUUGAGCAUGGCAGAGGACGCCCUAACAGGCAUGGGAGAGUCAAUAAUCCGCUGUGACGAGGACGAGAGCCACACGGCGUCUAUGUACUGCACGGUGUGUGCCACCCACCUGUGUGCCGACUGCUCCCAGCUCACCCACUCCACCCGCACCCUGGCCAAGCACCGGCAGGUACCCCUGGCAGACAAGCCCCACGAGAAGACACUAUGCCCGCAGCACCAGGUCCACGCCAUCGAGUUCGUCUGUCAGGAGGAGCUCUGCCAGCCUGGGCCGCUCAUGUGCUGCGUGUGCAAAGAGUACGGCAAGCACCAGGGACACAAGCAUGCAGUUCUGGAGGCAGAAGCCAAUCAGAUUCGUGCGUCUAUCCUGGACAUGGCCCACUGUAUCCGGACGUUCACAGAGGAGGUGUCGGAAUAUUCCCGGAAGCUGGUUGGGAUCGUACAGCAGAUUGAGGGAGGAGAACGGAUAGUGGAGGAUGGCAUCGGCAUGGCACACACCGAGCAUGUCCCAGGCACGGCAGAGAGCGCACGGUCCUGCGUACGGGCCUACUUCGCCGACCUCCACGAGACGCUGUGCAGACAGGAGGAGAUGGCGCUCAGUGUAGUGGACGCACAUGUCAGGGAAAGGCUCAUUUGGCUCCGGCAACAGCAGGAAGACAUGACCAUCCUACUGUCCCAGGUCUCCACAGCCUGCCUGCACUGCGAGAAGACACUGCAGCAGGAUGACUGCAGAGUGGUCCUGGCCAAGCAGGAGAUCAACAGACUGUUGGAGACUCUGCAGAAACAGCAGCAGCAGUUCACUGAGCUGGCCGACCACAUCCAGCUUGACGCCGGUAUCCCCGUCACCUUCACCAAGGACAACCGGGUCCACAUCGGCCCUAAGAUGGAGAUCCGGGUGGUGACCCUGGGACUGGAUAGUGCAGGGAAAACCACCAUCCUCUUCAAGCUGAAACAGGACGAGUUUAUGCAGCCCAUCCCUACCAUAGGUUUUAAUGUGGAGACAGUGGAGUAUAAGAAUCUCAAGUUCACCAUCUGGGACGUUGGUGGGAAACAUAAGCUACGGCCUCUAUGGAAGCACUAUUACCUGAACACACAAGCGGUGGUGUUUGUGAUUGACAGCUGUCACAGGGAUAGGCUGAUGGAGGCCCACAGUGAACUGGCCAAACUUCUGACAGAGAAGGAGCUGAGAGACGCCCUGCUGCUCAUCUUCGCCAACAAACAGGAUGUCCCUGGGGCUGUGUCGGUGGAGGAGAUGACGGAGCUGCUGAGUCUCCAUAAGCUGUGCUGUGGGAGGAGCUGGCACAUCCAGGGAUGUGACGCCCGCAGUGGCAUGGGGCUCCACGAGGGCCUGGACUGGCUGUCCCGACAGCUGGUGGCUGCAGGUGUACUGGACGUGGCCUAGACCUCCCCUUGCUGCAGGUGUACUGGACGUGACCUAGACCUCCCCUUGCUGCAGGUGUACUGGACGUGGCCUAGACCUCCCCUGAUGACUGACUUCUGUUACCAAGUAAAAACCCCUUACCAUAGAUCCCAGAACAAUCUUCUUAAACCAUCCACACCAUAAAGACCUGUCCACCAUAGACCUGCACCAGUCACAUCUACCUAAACCUUUUACCUGAUGAUUGGCUUAUGGUAGACCCAGUCUAACCCAUACCCUAAAGACCAGUCCUACCAAAGUCUCAUCCCAUACCUUUCACCCCAUACUAAGGCCCUAGCCAUACCUUUCACCCCAUACUAAGGCCCUAGCCCUACAUUUCACCCCAUACUAAGGCACUAGCCCUACCUUUCACCCCAUACUAAGGCCCUAGCCCUACCUUUCACCCCAUACUAAGGCCCUAGCCAUACCUUUCACCCCAUACUAAGGCCCUACCUUUCACCCCAUACUAAGGCCCUAGCCCUACCUUUCACCCCAUACUAAGGCCCUAGCCCUACCUUUCACCCCAUACUAAGGCCCUAGCCCUACAUUUCACCCCAUACUAAGGCCCUAGUCUUUCACCCCAUACCAAGGCCCUAGUCUAAGGCCUUAGCCCUACAUCCCAUAGCCGUUCUACCCUUCUCACCCCUAACCUGCAGAUAAGCUUCUUACCCACAGCCAGUGAAGCCAUCAUUAGUCGUAAUGCUUUGUACUCUGCUCUAUCCUGGGUAUGCUAACAGGGCCAGGUUAUAGGGAUUCCCUCAAGCUUACUAAACUAACUGCUUAUAAGACUACAUAUUGCCUCAAUGCAGAUCAGAUGAGAUUCAGUUCAUGGCGAAACUCCAUGUUGUAGAUUUUCUUCAUUGGUACCAAUGCACUUGACUUGUGAUGAUUUCAUGUAAUGCAGCAUCAGGUCUUGAAAUGACACCGGUAGUGGGCUGAGUUCAGCUAUUAUUGACAUUGGUUAAAUAGUGCAGUUGAGUGAAAAAGCUAUUUAUGUUGGGUGGGUGGGUAGGGGAUAUUGUAGUAGCUGUGGUGGGAAAUAUCUAAAGUGUUAUAUGAAAUCUUUCUCCCACCUGUUUUGUGGAGUGUCUUGCAUGCAGAAUUCAUUGGAUGCACUUUUCUGCCGCUUCAAUACAUCUGGGUUGUGCUCAUGAGGGUGCAACGAUUGACUAGACAUGAUUCCUUCAUCUAAUUGACAGAGGAUGAUCUACACACUAUAUUUCUGAACGUUCCAGAAUGUUGUGCCCUACAGAGUGUGAUACUGGCUUCUUUUGAAACCAGGACCCCUGGUUUGAAUUUUUUUCAUCACAACCUGUGAUGGUCUUCUGUUUUAGCCCAUCUGUCUGGAGUGCUGAUUGUUACAUUCUACAUUAAUGUUACCCACAUGUAGAUGUGAAACAUUAACCAAACACCUUUCAACUCCUGUUAUUGUAUGGAGGAACCAUCCUUUGGUUUGAAUUCACUUUCCUCAUUGCUAUGUAAUGUUACAAAUUCUAUGUAGAAAUAAAAUGCAUGUGUGAAGAGCCCUCUGUUAAAGCAUCUCAGAUUCUGACAGGAGUUUUUAAAACAUUUAGAAGCACAGUGCACAUCCACACGUUACUCGUGGAUUUUAUCAUGGCUUUUGUAAAUCAUAAUUCAUGUGACGCUAUUAAAUAAACUGUC